AUGGAGGGCCAGUUGGCGACACAAACAGCUUCCUACUCAGGUUGGGGACCCCUGCAGCUGAGUGGUCACCCAACACCUGCCGCCCCCCUUCACCCAACACCUGCAGCCCCCCUUCACCCAACACCUACUGCCCCCUUCACCCAACACCUGCAGCCCCCUUCACCCAACACCUGCAGCCCCCCUUCACCCAACACCUACUGCCCCCUUCACCCAACACCUGCAGCCCCCCUUCACCCAACACCUGCAGCCCCCUUCACCCAACACCUACUGCCCCCUUCACCCAACACCUGCAGCCCCCUUCACCCAACACCUGCAGCCCCCCUUCACCCAACACCUGCCGCCCCCCUUCACCCAACACCUGCCGCCCCCCUUCACCCGACACCUGCCGCCCCCUUCACCCGACACCUGCCGCCCCCUUCACCCGACACCUGCCGCCCCCCUUCACCCGACACCUACUGCCCCCCUUCACCCGACACCUGCUGCCCCCUUCACCCGACACCUGCUGCCCCCUUCACCCGACACCUGCUGCCCCCCUUCACCCAACACCUGCUGCCCCCUUCACCCAAACCUGCUGCCCCCCAACACCUACUGCCCCCUUCACCCGACACCUACUGCCCCCUUCACCCGACACCUACUGCCCCCCUUCACCCAACACCUGCUGCCCCCUUCAACCAACACCUACUGCCCCCCAACACCUGCUGCCCCCCUUCACCCAACACCUGCUGCCCCCUUCACCCGACACCUGCUGCCCCCUUCACCCGACACCUGCUGCCCCCUUCACCCGACACCUGCUGCCCCCUUCACCCAACACCUGCUGCCCCCUUCACCCGACACCUACUGCCCCCUUCACCCAACACCUGCUGCCCCCUUCACCCGACACCUGCUGCCCCCUUCACCCAACACCUGCUGCCCCCUUCACCCAAACCUGCUGCCCCCCAACACCUACUGCCCCCCUUCACCCGACACCUGCUGCCCCCUUCACCCAACACCUGCUGCCCCCUUCACCCAACACCUGCUGCCCCCCUUCACCCAACACCUGCUGCCCCCUUCACCCAACACCUGCUGCCCCCCUUCACCCGACACCUGCUGCCCCCUUCACCCGACACCUACUGCCCCCUUCACCCGACACCUACUGCCCCCAACACCUGCUGCCCCCUUCACCCGACACCUGCUGCCCCCUUCACCCAACACCUGCAGCCCCCUUCACCCAACACCUGCUGCCCCCUUCACCCAACACCUGCUGCCCCCUUCACCCAACACCUGCUGCCCCCUUCACCCAACACCUGCUGCCCCCUUCACCCAACACCUACUGCCCCCUUCACCCAAACCUGCUGCCCCCCAACACCUGCUGCCCCCUUCACCCAACACCUGCUGCCCCCCUUCACCCGACACCUGCUGCCCCCUUCACCCAACACCUGCUGCCCCCUUCACCCAACACCGCUGCCCCCUUCACCCAAACCUGCUGCCCCCCUUCACCCAACACCUGCUGCCCCCUUCACCCGACACCUGCUGCCCCCCAACACCUGCUGCCCCCCUUCACCCAACACCUACUGCCCCCCAACACCUGCUGCCCCCUUCACCCAACACCUACUGCCCCCCAACACCUGCUGCCCCCCUUCACCUGCUGCCCCCCUUCACCUACUGCCCCCCAACACCUGCUGCCCCCCAACACCUGCUGCCCCCUUCACCUACUGCCCCCUUCACCCGACACCUGCUGCCCCCUUCACCCGACACCUGCUGCCCCCUUCACCCAACACCUGCUGCCCCCUUCACCCAACACCUGCUGCCCCCUUCACCCAACACCUGCAGCCCCCUUCACCCAACACCUGCUGCCCCCAACACAUACCGCCCCACUUCACCCAACACAUACCGCCCCACUUCACCCAACACAUACCGCCCCACUUCACCCAACACAUACCGCCCCACUUCACCCAACACAUACCGCCCCCCUUCACCCAACACAUACCGCCCCCCUUCACCCAACACAUACCGCCCCACUUCACCCAACACCUACUGCCCCACUUCACCCAACACAUACCGCCCCCUUCACCCAACACAUACCGCCCCCUUCACCCAACACAUACCGCCCCACUUCACCCAACACAUACCGCCCCACUUCACCCAACACAUACCGCCCCACUUCACCCAACACCUACUGCCCCCCUUCACCCGACACCUACUGCCCCCCAACACCUGCUGCCCCCCUUCACCCGACACCUACUGCCCCCCAACACCUGCUGCCCCCCUUCACCCGACACCUGCUGCCCCCCUUCACCCGACACCUGCUGCCCCCCUUCACCCAACACAUACCGCCCCACUUCACCCAACACAUACCGCCCCACUUCACCCAACACAUACACAUCUAUCGCUACAUGGUGA